AUGUCUCAAUCUUAUCAAAUUCCAAUGGAAAAAAAAAAUGAUAUUAAAACCCACUUAACACAAAGGUCGGAUUCUGUUUCUGUUACUAUGGUGUCCGCUACACCGCCAAAUUCCACGACUAAACCUAUUCAACAACUUCCUACCUCCACCUUAAGUCACCUUGAAAAUAUUUUCGAGGCUGUUAAAAAACAGGUUUCUAUUUGGGGAGAACGUGCUAGAUGGAAAAUUGAUUUGGUUUUGUUACCAGCUGAAGAUGAUGAGGAUAUAGAAAAUUCAAGUCAAGUUGUUGGAGGAUUAUUAAACCAACAACAGUCUGGUUUACAUACCCCUACAAGCGACAGUGCAGAUGAUGAUACUAUAGAAAAAUUGGACAUUGAGACGGCAAAACAUAUGCUAAAAGAUGCAAUACUUCAUAUUCGUGCCUAUGAAUCAACAUUAAAUCGUGUAUCUUGUGAAGCAGAAUCAAAAAUAAAAGAGGCACAGGCAAGAGCCAAAAAAGCAAAUGAACAUAUUGAGAGCAUGGCAAAAUUUCAUUCGAUAAGAGAAAAAGAAAAGACCAGUAAGCAUUCUGUAGAACUUAAGAUAUUACAAGAAGAUGUUAAAAUUCUAAGUCGAAAAUACAAAGAAACUAAUGUGCAACUAGCUGAUAUUAAAGAAAAAUAUGCUAGCUUACAAGAACAAGAAGCUCGUAGAGAGGCACAACCUUCUCUGUUACAAUACUCGACAUCUUCAAAUACUACAGAGGUAGUUGGAAAGAUUGUUGAAUAUGUUCCUCAGCAACAGACGAAUGGAUAUUUAACUUACAAUUUCCCACAUGUACAAAAAAUGCCUUCACAGCAUUCACAACAAUAUAUACAA